AUGGUGUCUAAAAGGAAGAAGAAGUAUUCGACCGGAGAAGGAGCUCAGUUUAUGACCAGAAAGGCAGCUUUAAAAAAGCUUCAAUUGUCUUUAAAAGAUUUUAGACGGAUAUGCAUCCUCAAAGGUAUUUACCCCCGAGAACCACGAAACCGAAAAAGGGCACAGAAAGGUGCUGGAGGUAUCAAAACCUUAUACCACACAAAAGAUAUCAAAUUCUUACUACAUGAACCAAUUAUAUGGAAACUAAGAGAACUGAAAGUUUUUCAACAAAAAAUUAGAAAAGCUCGUGCUAUGCGAGAGUAUGGAAAAAUGAGGAAAUAUUUCAGUGAUUACCCAGAAAUAAACAUAGAUCACAUUGUUAAGGAGAGAUAUCCUACAUUUGUAGAUGCAUUGAGAGACUUGGAUGACUGCUUGACGCUCUGCUUUUUGUUCAGCACUUUCCCCUCUUUAAAAAGAGUUCCCAGAGACCAAUCUCUCCUGUGCAGGAGAUUAACUGUUGAGUUCAUGCAUGCCAUCAUAGCAGCAAAGGCUCUCCGUAAAGUAUUUGUUUCUGUCAAAGGAUAUUAUUACCAAGCAGAAAUUGAAGGACAAACUAUCACCUGGAUUGUUCCUCAUCAUUUCUCAUUUAAACCGCAAAAUAAAGAUGAAGUAGAUUUUAAAAUCAUGUCUACAUUUGUGGAAUUCUAUAUAAUGGUGUUGGGAUUCGUAAAUUUCAAACUAUUCCACUCCUUAAACUUAGUAUAUCCACCAAAAUUAACUGCUGGGCUGAAUUCUGAUGCAGAAAAAGAUUUAGUAGAUGAAAAGGCUUAUGUGGCAGAGAGAGUUGCUGCUAUGAACAUGUCAAUAGCACGAGUUGCUGGUUCCAAUGAAGCAGAGGAAUUACCAGACAUUGAUGUCUUUAACACAGAAGACAAUGACCCAGAAAAAAUGGAGGAAGCUAAGAAAGAAGCUGAGAAAAUAAAAGUACUCAAAACAAUGUUUAAAGGGCUGAAGUUCUUCAUAAAUCGGGAAGUACCAAGGGAACCUCUGGUCUUCAUAAUACGUUGCUUUGGUGGUGAAGUCUCUUGGGACAGAGACCAUUUCGUUGGAGCUACCUUUGAUGAAUCCGACGAGUCAAUUGCAUAUCAAAUUGUUGAUAGACCAUCUAUGGACAAGCAAUAUCUAUCUCGUUAUUAUGUACAGCCUCAGUGGGUAUUUGACAGUGUAAAUGCAAGAACACUGUUACCUAUUAAUAAGUACCUGAUGGGUGCAGUACUGCCGCCACAUUUAUCACCAUUCAUUGAUAAGACUAAGGAUCAAGUGUACAUGCCACCUGAGCAACGAGCUCUUAAUGACCCCAACUUCAAACCUCUUGAUGACGAGCCAUCUGAUGAAGAAAUUGAGGAAGCCAGUGAUGAAGAAAAAGAGGAACAAAGUGAACAAGAGGAUGGUGAGGAGGCUCUGGCUCGUCAAUACAAACAAGAGAUGGAACAAGAUUCACCAUCGGAAGAUGAUGAUGAUGAUGACCAAGACCCUGAUAAAAAGAAGGCUGCCAAGGAAAAGAAAAAGGCCAUGGCAGUGACAACUGGUGUACCCGUCAAAGAACAUCCAUACAAGAAAGAAAUUGAAGACAAACAAGCGUUCAGAUUACGAGAGAAACUUGUUCCGAAGAAACACAGAAACUUGUAUAAGAGUAUGAAAGCUGGACAGGAGAAACGAAAGAAAGAAAUCUGGCUAUUACGUAAGAAGAGGCGUCUACAUGAUGAAAAGGUUUCAGAAGAAAAGAAAGCUGUAAAACGCAAACAAAAAAUGCAAGCGUUAGAAGCUUAA